UUCACGUCUGUAAAUUUAAGGCCGCUUAGAUUAUCGAAUACAGUAAACCAAAGUUCAGUAAAGUCCUGUGAAUUGCUGGCUGCACUGUUACCGUUACAUUACAGUGCAAAGGAGAAGAAGACAUGAGCUCCAAAACACUAACGAUUCCAGCUCGUUUACUCUGUUAUUGCUUCCACAAACCUCGUCGUGUUUUUCACGUGGAUCCGGCGCGACUGUACUAUGGGUCGCCGCAGGUGGCGACGGGAUCAGCCGUUCGCACCGUGGACCUCCGCAGCGAUACCGUCACCAAACCCGGAGCAGCCAUGCGCAGAGCCAUGGCAGAGGCAGAGGUCGGAGACGAUGUGUUCGGAGAAGACCCUACGGUUAAUGAACUACAGAAAAUAGCUGCUGAUAUGUUUGGCAUGGAAGCGGCUUUGUAUGUUCCCACUGGAACGAUGAGUAACCUGAUUGCAGUUAUGGUGCACUGCAGAGAGAGGGGUGAUGAGAUGAUAGUAGGUGAUCUCUCUCAUAUUCACGUUUACGAACAGGGAGGAAGUGCACAGCUUGCAGGCGUCCAUUCUGCAACAGUCACUACCCUCAGCAAUGGCACCUUUGACCUAGACCAGCUGAUCUCCAAGAUCCGUCACGGUUACCCUGACCCACACUACCCACGCUCCCGCCUGGUUUGUGUGGAAAACACACACAAUAUUCAGGGAGGGCGCGUUCUCCCACUCUCCUUCCUGCAGGAGCUUCGCUCUGUGGCUGAUAAUUUUGGUUUGACUGUGCAUAUGGAUGGAGCGAGGGUGAUGAAUGCAGCUGUGGCUCUGGGCAUCCAACCUUCUGCUAUACUGCAGCACUGCCACUCUGUCAGUGUGUGUUUAUCCAAGGGACUCGGGGCACCUGUGGGCACCAUGCUAGGUGGCUCAAAAGAUUUCAUACAGAGAGCAGUACGUGCCCGCAAGGCACUUGGCGGUGGAAUGCGCCAAUCGGGUGUCUUGGCAGCAGCUGGUAAGAUUGCCCUGUCAGACAUGAUUGGCAGAGUGAAGGAGGACCACAGGAACGCCAAAAGCUUUGCUCAAGCAUUGUUGCAGUGUGACCCUCCUAUGUACCAGGUGGAUCUGACCACUGUGGAAAGCAACAUUUUGAGGUUCCGUCUGCGGGAUGCCCACAUGAGUCCGGCGGAGUUCUGUGAGCGGAUGGCAGGCGUAGAUGAAGAAGAGGUGAAGGCUCUGGGCCAGGGGGUCCAGGUUCUGAUGUUCCCACACGUUGGGGGAACAGUCAGGGCUGUGUGGCAUCUGGGCAUCAGCGAGGAAGACACUCAGCUGGCUAUACAGAAGGCUCAUUUUGUGGCCCAACAGCACAAGCUCAAGUCUAUCAGGGCAGCAUGAGAAGAGUCCUUGACCAAUCAGAGAUGUCUUUACACCAGUCUUUUGGUCUCAGGGGCCAUUUAAAAGCUGUACAGCUGUACAAUGAAGCAUAAUUAUAUUAUCUACUUUGCACUCCAGUUGGACAGCCAAGACUUACCCACUUAAUUUAGUGGUGAGAGGUAUAGUACGCCCAUUUGGUGUGUAUAUACUGUACACACACACACUUAAUGAUUACUCACAAUAAACUAUUGUCACUGACAUUUGAAUCUUGUUUAAACGCAUACUUUAAGCAGCAGAAGCAGUUUGAGGCCUUUUAAAAGAUACAUUAUGGCUAGUUUUUAUUGUUUUAUCAUUGAGUGUUAUAUAAGAGUUCCCCAUAAGGAAAAGACAUAGUCGUGUAGAGACAGAUCGUCAUGACAACAAAGCAGAGAUUUACUGCAGUGGAUAUCAGAAGGGGCUCAGGGCCACUGUCUAGUCUUGCUUGUUAACACGGUUAACUUUAUUGCUAUAGCAUGCAGGAGAAAUAAAUUGACUGAAUUUACAUCUACAUUUACAUGACAUUUUUAAAAUGACAUAUCCUUAAACUGGUUUUAGGCAUAUAAUUUAUUCUGUUGAUUAUUUGCUGUCUUUACAGUCCAAUUAACAGCCCUCAAAAUGUACAGUUAAGGCACCGUAGACAGUGUAAUGGCUGACAAGCCAAGACCUUGUUUUGCCUUCCAAAAUAAAAUAAAUAAAAAAAUUACAUAACUUACAGAAUCUUGUACACAACAUCAAUAUGAGUGUGGGUGAUUCUCACAAAACCUGU